AUGAUAGCUCCCACUAUUACCUCUUCCUCAACUGGUGCUUCUGCCCCCGCCACUAAAACGCCCGUCCUGGACAAAUGCAUUGGGGCAGAGGCCAGCCUCGCCACCCCCUGCCUCCACGCCGAGACCUGCCGGGGCCCGCGGACCCCUCGCCUCCUCUGCGCACGCGGGUGCAGGGUGGGCUUCGGGCGAUUCUGCGCUGGGCAUCCCCCGCCCUGGAAAUCCCUCGGGAUUCCCCAGUCUGCCGGUCUGAGUGUGCCAAGCGGGGAAACUGGAAAGCGGCAGCCGGCAGCCAGGCUCCGUCGAGGCGAGCACAGUGCUGGCCGCCGGCUCUCCCGUGGCGGGGCGGUCGGGAACCGCUCCGUGCCGAGCGAGCUGCGCCCUGCCUUCUCGGCUGCUUUGAGGAUAGCUCCACAUGGAGCGGCUCGGCUCGGCUCGGCUCGGCUCAGUGGCAAGCAUAGGAGCCACCGGCCAGGUAGAGAGGCGCAGCGUGAGCUGGAAGCGGGGAAAAACUUCCUCGGCGGGCUCCCCGGAGCAGCUUCGGGCCUGGGGCCGCCCGAGAGAGCCACGUGUCGGGGGCUGGGGGCGAGCCCUGGAGCCGGGAGAAGGUCUCGCUGCCGGGGAGCGGAGCCGAGCCAGCGCCGAAGGGAAACGCCUGCCACCGGAGAAGGGGCUGCCCAGAGUGGGCAGUGCCCCGGCAGAAGCCGCCGCCCGCCUCGCCGCGCCGCCCAGAGCCUAAGGAGCCCGGAGGGGAAAGUUGUGCGCGGGACUGGGCCGGGCGCGAUGCCGGGGCGCGGCGCGCAGUGCCUGGGGCUGCUGCUGCACGUCCUGCUGGGCUGCAGCUCGGUGCAGCAGCCUGACAUCUGCCCGGCCCCUUGCGAGUGCUCGGAGGCAGCCAAGACGGUGAAGUGCGUGAACAGGAACCUGACAGCGGUGCCGCCCAACCUGCCGUCCUACGUGCGCAACCUCUUCAUCACCGGCAACCGCCUGGCCCGCCUGCCGCCCGGCGCCUUCCCCGCCCAGCGCCUGCCCGACCUCAGCGCCCUCAACCUCAGCGGCAACCACCUGCGGGCCGUGGAUGCUGGCGCCCUCGCCGCCCUGCCUGCCCUGCGACAGCUGGACCUCAGCGGCAACCCCUUGGUCUCCCUCAGCCCGCAAGCCUUCGGGGAGGACGGCAGCCCACUGGAGGAGCUGGCCCUCCGGGGGGCCCUGCGCGACCACGGUGUCCUCCUCAGCGUGGCUGCCAUGCUGCAGUCUGGGGCCCUGCGCAACCUCAGCCACCUGGAGCUGACUGACAACGGGCUGCUGCUGCUGCCCUCCAGCAUGUUUGCCACCCUGCUCGCACUGCGGCAGCUGGACCUUGGCAACAGCUCUCUGGUGGGCCUGCAAAACGUCUCCUUCCAGGGGCUGGGCCAGCUGCAGAGCCUCAACCUCAGCGACAACUCCCUGGGUGUGCUGAGGAAUGGCAGCUUGGCCCAGGUCCACAGUCUGCCUGCUCUCCGGCGUGUUGGCCUGGGCCGCAACACAUGGGUCUGCGAAUGCACCAUCGAGGACCUGGCGGCCUGGCUCAGGGAGAGUGACCAAGGGGAGGGCAAAGAAGCCCUGACCUGUGCCUACCCCGACAAGAUGUUGGGCAAAACUUUGGUGAAGACCAAUGGCUCGGAUCUUAACUGCUCCGAGCCCAUAGAUUUGCCUUCCCAGCUACAGACUUCAUAUGUCUUCCUAGGGAUAGUCUUGGCUCUCAUUGGGGCCAUUUUCCUCCUGGUUUUGUACUUGAACCGGAAAGGAAUCAAAAAGUGGAUGCACAACAUCAGAGAUGCCUGUAGGGAUCACAUGGAGGGCUACCACUACAGAUACGAGAUCAAUGCAGACCCCAGGUUAACAAACCUCAGCUCCAACUCUGAUGUCUGA